AUGCUCAGUCCAAGUGCUGAAGGAGUGUCACCAGCUGGGUCUAAGAGCGUCGCUUUUUCACUGUGGGUAGCCAACAGGCUCACCUACCAGCGGCUCAACGACGGCUUAGUCCCUCGGGUGCGUGAGUUUUACAGCGACCCGGCGUGGUCAGGCAGCCAUUGCUGGCUGGCCGUUACCUCGUCCUGUAAUCCUGAAGGACGUUCUUACGCAAGCCCAGUCGAUCGGGGUUCCUACAUUGUGCUGUUCCAAAAAGGGGAGAAUUCGGAGCUGGAGACCCUGGUGGCCCACUGGAACCUCUAUCUCAACCUGGCUGGCUUCUUCGUGGGGCUCUUCUCGGUGACCCUCUUUGGCCCCUGGAGCGACAGCGCGGGACGCCGGCCAGCCCUGAUCCUGCCGGCACUGGGCAUGGCCCUGCAGGCGGCCGUUUAUCUGGCGGUCAUGUACGCCGAGCUGCCUGUGGGAUACCUCCUGGUUGGCCGAGUGCUGAGUGGCCUCUCGGGGGACUACAACCUGGUCCUGGCCAGCUGCUUUGCCUACGUGGCCGACGUGAGCGACAGGCGUGCCCGCACCUUCCGGGUGGCCAUCCUGGAAGCCUGCCUGGGCCUGGCGGGGAUGGCUGCGAGUGUCCUGGGCGGGCGGUGGCGCAAGGCCCAGGGCUACCUGGCGCCCUUCUGGCUGGUCUUUGCGGCGAGCCUCGCCGCUGCCCUCUACUCCGCCUUGGUCCUGCAGGAGUCGGUGCCGCAGAAGCAGCCCCGGAGGCUGCUCACACUCCGCCAUUACGCGGCGGUGUAUCGGCUGUAUGCCAGCCCUGACCGGGGCCAGGCUUGGCGGAAGCUGCUCCUUUACUCGCUCGCUUUCUUCGUGGUGGUCACGGUGCACUUCGGGGCGCAGGAGAUCUUGGUGCUCUACGAACUCAGCGCCCCGCUCUGCUGGGGGCCGGAGCUGAUCGGCUACGGCUCGGCGGCCCACUACCUGACCUACCUCAGCAGCCUGGCGGGGCUGCGGCUGCUCCAGAUGUGCAUGGAGGACACCUGGGUGGCCGAGGUGGGCCUGCUCUCCAAUGUGCUGGGGCUGGUGACCAUGGCGCUGGCGGGGACAACGCCCCUGAUGUUCACAGGCUACGGGCUUCUCUUCCUCUCGAUGACGGUCACUCCCGUGAUCCGCUCCAAGCUCUCCAGAUUGGUUGGCGAGACCGAGCAAGGUGCCCUCUUUGCUGGCAGCUCCUAA